AGCGGCAAGGAGGUUCCGGGAGGCGGACGCGCUUCCGGGGUCGCGUCCGCUGGCGCGCGGGGGAGAUUGUGAACGACGCGGCCGGUACCAUGUUCGUGACCGCCCUCCUCCUCCGCAAUCGCAUUCCUGGCAGCCAGUGGAUCGGGAAGCACCGGCGGCCGCGCGCCGUGUCUUUCCACGCGAAGCAGAACAUGAUCCGUCGCCUGGAGAUAGAGGCGGAGAACCAUUACUGGCUGAGCAUGCCCUACCUCACCGCGGAGCAGGAGUACGGCCACGCCGCGGGGCGCCGGGCGGCGGCCUUCGAGGCCAUCAAGGCGGCCAGCGUGUCCAAGUUCCCCCCCCACAGAUUUGUGGUAGACCAGCUCGACCAUCUCAAUGUCACCAAGAAGUGGUCCUAACCCAGCGCCACCGCCUUUCAGCUGGACGGAUCGCGGGGCUGCCAUCUCUGUGACCCGAUUCUGGAACUGAAAAGCUAACCUCGAGAGAGAAAAUGAACCUUUGGACCGGAGUCUUAAUGGACAGCAAAGAGGAACGUAGUGGUCUGCAUGUAGAAUAUCUGGGGCUCCAAAUUCUUUAAUACUUGAGAGUCUGAUCUCUGUCGCAUUGUUUCCUUUUUCUUUAUCCUCAUAGGAAGAUACAGGAGAUUUCCUGGGUCACAGAGGAUAUGAAAUGUAUUUUGGAUGGAAGCUUCAAAAAACAAAACAAAACUAUGAGCUAUGGUUUGGAAUCUGUGCCUCAGUAUGACGAUAGUUGAUGGGGGCUUUAUAAAAUGUAAAUUAGUUUGCUUACCUUCUGUGGAAACAUCGCCUAAACAUAAAUGAAAAAGUGAAAUAAAUGAAAAUCUGAGAAAGUUCAGUUGAACAUA